AUGAAGCAUAAGUCACCGUUAAUAAUAUUAGAGGAGGAGUGCAAAAAGCGUAAAAUUCGUUUACCACUAUACGAAAUCGAAACAUCCAGUUCUGAACACUUCCAAUGUAGAAUCAGAGUAUUAGAUAUGUUGGAGUUUGGAGAGGGUGCAACAUUUGUGGCAGCUAAACAUGUUGCUGCAUUAAACUUGUUGCGUGCUUGGCACGUCAAGGAUAAGACAAUAACAAGAGCAACUGUAGACCAAUUGGAAGAAGUGAUAUGUCCGCCAAGUGAAGUUAUAUUUCUGAACCGCUUUUGCUCAUACAACAAUCUAGUGAUGCCGAUAUAUCGAUAUUUAUCUGAUGAUAUUAGUUAUACGGCAAUUUGCUCGGUUGGCCAGUUCUGGAUUACUUCGACGGCAAGCAAUAAAAGUAGAGCCAGUGCUAUGGCUGCUAAGAAACUACUUGAAGUUUUACGAGAUGUAGAAUGA